CAACUCUGUAGUUGUCAACAUGACUACAUAAAUCACCAUUUGGCCAUUCCGCCAAAUCCAGCAAUGGCGGUAUCUUCUCUUCCUACUUUUCCUUGCACAACCUUCCUCCCUCCUACACCCAUUUGCUUCGGUUCCUUUAAAUUUCCUGCAAUUUCAUCUAUCAGGAACGUUUCUCUUGGGAGAUUCAUCCCCAUUGUUGCUGCAAAAGCCAUUUCACUCGAUAGCAGGGAAGAGCUCGACACCGACACCGACACCGACGCCGACACCGACACCGACACCGUCAACAUCGCAGAAGAUGUAACGCAGUUGAUUGGGAGGACACCAAUGAUAUAUCUGAAUAAAGUUGUGGAUGGUUGUGUGGCAAAUAUUGCUGCAAAGCUUGAGUCCAUGGAACCUUGCCGAAGCGUCAAGGACAGAAUUGGAUUUAGUAUGAUAUCAUGUGCAGAAGAAAGUGGAGCUAUUUCUCCUGGAAAGAGUAUUUUAGUAGAGCCUACUACAGGAAAUACAGGAAUUGGCAUUGCUUUUGUUGCUGCAACCAAGGGAUACAAACUUAUAGUAACCAUGCCCGCAUCCAUAAAUGUGGAGAGGCGUGUACUUCUUCGUGCAUUUGGAGCGGAGAUUAUAUUGACAGAUUCAACAAAAGGAUUAAAAGGGGCUGUUGAUAAAGCUAAAGAAAUUGUUCAGAGGACACCUAAUGCAUACAUGUUUCAACAGUUUGAUAAUCCAGCUAAUACAAAGAUCCACUUUGAAACUACAGGCCCAGAAAUAUGGGAGGACACCAUGGGUAAUGUUGACAUAUUUGUUGCGGGAAUUGGUACUGGUGGUACCGUCACGGGCACAGGACGUUACUUGAAAAUGAUGAACAAGGACAUUAAGGUUAGAAUCAUCAGUUUCUUUCUGGAAUUUCUGAAAGUUCUAAUCUUAGAAUCUGUGUUACUC